AUGCCUGGUCAGCUUCUUGCAGAUUGUCUUAAUGAAAUAUUUGAAUACUUGGAAGAAGAUAAAAUUACGUUACAUUCAUGCUUAUUAGUCAAUCGACUUUGGUGUGAAGUAGCUAAUGGAAUUUCUAUUUCUUCGCCAACUUUUAAACCUCCAAUAUUUAAUUAUGUAUCACUUUGCAAAGCUCUUUCAAUUUAUUCAUUAGAUAAAAUGAUCCAAAAUGUUCUUGAAAAAAAACCAUCAACAACAAUUCCUUCACGAAGUUUAAGUUAUAAUAAAUAUUUAUUAACACAAGAAAUAUUAAAGAUGUUUAUAAAUGAAAUUUCAUCUUUAAAAUCUUUAGAUUAUUGUUCAGGACGAACAAAAGAUGUUGAAAAUAUUAUGUUUACUUGUUUACCUGGAACAAAAAAUUGUUUAAAAGAUCUUACAGAAUUAAAUUGUAGUUCAGAUAUUUAUUCUGAAUUUUAUUAUCAAUUAUCACAAAUAUGUCAUAAUAUACAAAUCUUAACUAUAGAAUUUGGGGAUAUUAUUUCAAAUGGAUUAACAGAUUUAAUUUCUUUACAAAAUAAUUUAAAAAGUGUAACAUUAAAAUCUGAAGAUAAAGAUGGAACGGAAGUCAUAGCAUCCUCAUUAACUAAAUUUUCUUCAACAUUAACAAAAUUAAUAAUAAAAGAAUAUUAUAUACCAUUAUCAUUCAUAGCUAU